AUGGAAGCUGCUGGACUUGCCGUCGGCAUUGCCACCCUAUACUCAACAUGUCGAGAUUGUUACAACUUUUUCACCACUUCCAUUCUGAAAGCCUGGGGCUUCCAUUGGCGCAUUCAGGAUGGAGGCGACACUCAGCAACCUGGUCAGACCAGACAGAACCAAACCAAGCUUCACAACUACCUAUUGAAGAACCGCUUCAAAGCCGAGGGCGUCUUCAACAUCUUCUCUGCCCUUGCCGACACACUGUCAAACCAAGAGGAACUUGUCAGAGGAUAUGGAAUCCAGUUUCGGUCAACGCAAGCAAUUCAGGAUGGAUCCCAGUUGGCCAGCAAUGUCCAGUUAGCCAUUCAGGACACGACAAUCGAGGACAUCAAGCCUGUGAUCACUGAGUUUAAGCAACGUCUUUCGAAACUCAACAAGUUUAAGUGGGCUCUGAGAGAUAAGGAUGACUUCAGAAAACUCAUUUCCGACUUGAAAUCCCACAGCGAAUCCCUCUACCGCCUUUGCCCGGAAAACGCCUUUGAGUCGAUGAAUGUCUACUUUACCAUGGAUUGUUUGGCUGUCCAGGAGUCACCGGCAGUGCUGAAGUGGAUUUCAAGAAUCGCAACUGAGCAUGCAGAGAUCGACAAGGGCUCUUCGGUGCGGCCGGACUACGAACUGCUGGCUUCAGCGGCUACAUUGAAGGCAUCUGUAAACGAAAACAGGGACAAUGUACAGACAGAUGACGGCAAGCUCACCACUAUCGGCGAGGAGGAACCCGAGAUGAAGUAUUUGGGGAAGGGUCUUGCUCUGUUUGAAGGUGAAGUUGUCUAUGUGGAAAUGCGAGACUAUCGCGGACCGCCACUAGACCUCACACCAGAACAGAAACGGAAGAUCAAGCGCCGUCGGACUCGAGCGCGACUGUUGGUUGAAGGCAAAGACGUCAGCAGCGACGAAGAAGACGAUGGCGAGCCGAUAAAACCCGUCAGACCGGCUGAUCCCAGACUUCGGAUUCUGAUUCGAAACUUUUUCAACACAUUUUGGUGCAAGAAUACAAUGAAAAGUGUUUAUGGGCUUAACAUUGCUGGCAUGAUUGAUCAUACGGAAGGGGACCAUGAAGGCCAUUGCAGCAUCCUCUAUAGGCUCCCGAGCACGAUAGGCAUUCACGAUCGGCAGCGGCCAGCGGAGAACCUGAAGCUUCGUGCACCUGUUCGAAUAAAAUCCCUUCUUGGGACCAGGAAAAUGGAUGGCAUCCGGUCAACACUGGGUUCGUGUUUUGAGCUUGCCAGAAGUCUUGUGCGUGCCGUCUGCAUGCUUCACUCAAGCGGGUGGCUACACAAGAACAUACGUGCAGAGUCUGUCAUGUUCUUUCCGAAACAUGUGAGCACGCUCCAAGAGGACCGCUAUGAAAUCAAACUUGAAAUAGAUGUUUCGAAGCCCAUCCUGAUGGCUAUAUUUUUUCACGGCCAGACGACAUCAAGCAUGAAAUGCGCAAACCCUCCUCUCAAAAGGACCAACUUAGAAAGCCCCCAGAUUCAGAGGAAAGCAUGGAAGGGUAUUCCCCGGCCAGCUAGUAUAUAUGGCCGCGAUAUACUGAACAAGACCAAAGAACCGGAACAAACAAAAGAUCUAAACAUUGCUGGCUUUACACUCGACUAUUAUCAGCACCCGGCAAAGCACGCAGAUCCGCAGCGGCGGUAUCGCCAUGCAUAUGGCGUGUACUCUCUUGGUAUACUGCUUCUCAAAGUUGGGUUCUGGGAGGAGUUGAAGAACUAUGAGGACUUCCGCUCUGGUUAUAACAAGAUUCCCGAUUACGACAAAGAGGAUCAUUAUGAACCACGCAGGUGGAUCUGUCGAGAGUACUUGAAUCGUCCUAGGUGGGCAUGUGGGGAUUUUUAUGCCGACGUUGUGCUCAGUUGUCUCAUGGUGGAUAGUAGCGAUGAUGAAGUAGCGAAGGAGAGCAAGCAGGAGCUUUGUGCGAGACUAGUUGCGGACUUGGAGAACUGUCAAGCCUAA